CUCCGCCUACAAGGCAACAUAUUACCUCACUCAGCGUGUCUUCCAACAACAUACAUAUUUUCGCUGUUUUCUCAGGGGAUUCAUUACUCCUUAUUAGCACAGAAUCUCACGGUGAAAUGAGAAUGUUUUGAAAGCAAGAACAAAGAAACAGUUCAUUCAAUAAUGACAAGAAAGUCGAAUUGCCACAACACUUGAAGCAGAAACGCGUGUUAACAGGAAAUCGCUCAACAACCUUUUCAACAUCAAACCACCUGUUUCACUGUUUUAUUGAACCUUGCCUUCAAUAAAAGCCAAACAGAAAGAAAGGAAAGAUAAAAAAUAGCAACAAAAUGAAUGGUAUGGAGCCAAACACAGCGACAUCGUCAAUAAUAUUAACCGAACAGACUGAACCACAGACUACAAUAUCUUAUCCGUUGGACAAACAUCGCAAAUCACUUCUUGACGUUAGGGAAAGCGAAAUAUUCCCACCGUAUUUUACACAAGCACAGCUUGGAAAACUUGAGGACAAAUUUUCUCACCGUAAAUGGCCGGAUGAAUUUACAAUACAAAUGAUUGCUCUCGAAUGUAAUAUGUUGGAACGACAUGUCGCGAACUGGUAUGAAGCAAGAAGGUUAAAAUGGAAACGAGACAUGAUCAAAGACUCGGAUUAAACGAUUGAUGUUGCAUCAUCCAAGAUUUCGGUGCCAGAGACAACACAUGCAUGCAUGCUGUUGGAGAUACAAUCACAAGUCGAUGAAUAAACCGCGGACAAUAAUGAAAUGAAAAAUUAUAAAUAACAACAUUCGAAGGUGAUCACCUCACUAUGAGGGGUAGAGGGCCACAUAAACUUUCGUGGUUUCUUAGACCUGGGUAUAGUAAAAUAUAAGAGCUGCAGGUCACUCUUUUAAUUAAGCUGGUGCUUAUUUAUAGCUUACCUAAAAAUCCUUAUGUAUAAAAUUGUAUAUUAAUACCAUAAAUAUAAUAUAGGAAUAUAAAAUUAUCUUAUCUGCAAA